CCUGGGCACCUACCGGUAUUGCCAGCGCGGCGGUGGCGGAUCGCUUGGUUCCAGUUUGUAGGUCCUGUGAGGGCGAGCUGAGGCGGAGAAAGGGCGUGGAACUGGAACCGGGUGAGUCAGGCACUGUCUACGCGAUAAAGGGAGGCGGCACCGCGGAGCAGGGCUGACUUAAAUCAGCGCGGCAGUCUUUUCAGGGACGUAGUGGUCUCGGCGUCAGCGAAAAGAGCGAGGAGGCGCCAGAGCCCGGUUCUCGUCCUUCGCUCCCCGCCGCCCGCUCCACCAUGCAGUCCCGGGAAGAAGCUCCGCGCUCUCGCCGCCUCGCCAGUCCCCGCGGCGGGAGGCGUCCCAAGAGGAUUUCCAAGCCCUCGGUUUCGGCUUUUUUCACGGGCCCGGAGGAGCUGAAGGACAUGGGCCAUUCUGCAGCCCUGCUGGCCCAGCUCAAGUCCUUUUACGACGCGCGGCUGCUCUGCGAUGUGACCAUCGAGGUGGUCACCCCCGGCAGCGGGCCCGGCACGGGCCGCCUUUUUUCCUGCAACCGUAACGUGCUGGCGGCUGCGUGUCCCUACUUCAAGAGCAUGUUCACUGGCGGCAUGUACGAGAGCCAUCAGACGAACGUGACCAUGCACGACGUGGACGCCGAGUCCUUCGAGGUGCUGGUUGAUUACUGCUACACCGGUCGCGUGUCAUUAAGUGAGGCCAACGUGCAGCGCCUUUACGCGGCCUCCGACAUGCUGCAGCUGGAGUACGUGCGGGAAGCCUGUGCCUCCUUCCUAGCCCGCCGCCUUGAUCUAGCCAACUGCACGGCCAUCCUCAAGUUCGCUGACGCCUUCGACCAUCACAAGCUGCGAUCACAGGCCCAGUCGUUUAUAGCCCACAACUUCAAGCAGCUCAGCCGUAUGGGUUCGAUUCGGGAAGAGUCCCUGGCAGAUCUGACCCUGGCCCAGCUGCUAGCUGUCCUGCGCCUGGACAGUCUAGACAUCGAGAGUGAGCGGACCGUGUGUCACGUGGCGGUGCAGUGGUUGGAGGCGGCUCCCAAGGAGCGGGGUCCCAGCGCUGCAGAAGUCUUCAAGUGUGUGCGCUGGACCCACUUUUCUGAUGAAGAUCGGGGCUACCUGGAAGAGCUGCUGACCAAGCCCAUUGUGAAGAAGUACUGUCUGGACCUUGUUGAAGGGGCCCGGCAGAUGCGAUACGGUGACACGUUGUGCAAGGCUCUGGUGCCCAAGCCGGAGAGCAGCGGCGGCAGCUCUGUUGUGUCCAUAGCAGAAAAUCCACCCCAGAGGCUGGGUGUGUGUGCCAAGGAGAUGGUGAUCUUCUUUGGCCAUCCCAGAGACCCCUUCCUGUGCUAUGACCCAUACUCGGGGGACAUUUACACAAUGCCAUCGCCUUUGACCAGUUUGGCUCACACUAAGACUGUCACCUCUUCAGCUGUCUGUGUCUCUCCAGACCAUGACAUCUAUCUGGCCGCCCAGCCCAGGAAGGACCUCUGGGUGUAUAAACCAGCCCAGAAUAGUUGGCAGCAACUUGCUGACCGCCUGCUCUGCCGGGAGGGCAUGGAUGUGGCAUACCUCAAUGGCUACAUCUAUAUCCUGGGUGGGCGGGACCCCAUUACUGGAGUGAAACUAAAGGAAGUGGAGUGCUACAGUGUUCAGAGGAACCAGUGGGCCCUAGUGGCCCCUGUACCACAUUCCUUCUAUUCCUUUGAACUCAUAGUGGUGCAGAACUAUCUUUAUGCCGUGAACAGUAAGCGCAUGCUCUGCUAUGAUCCUAGCCAUAAUAUGUGGCUGAACUGUGCUUCUCUUAAACGGAGUGACUUUCAGGAAGCCUGUGUCUUCAACGAUGAGAUCUAUUGCAUCUGUGACAUCCCAGUCAUGAAGGUGUAUAACCCAGCCAGGGGAGAAUGGAGGCGUAUUAGUAAUAUUCCCCUGGACUCGGAGACCCACAACUACCAGAUUGUCAAUCAUGGCCAAAAGUUGCUCCUCAUCACUUCUACAACCCCUCAAUGGAAAAAGAACCGGGUAACUGUGUAUGAAUAUGAUACAAGGGAAGACCAGUGGAUUAAUAUAGGGACCAUGUUAGGUCUUCUACAGUUUGACUCUGGCUUUAUUUGCCUCUGUGCUCGUGUUUAUCCUUCCUGCCUUGAACCUGGUCAGAGUUUCAUCACUGAGGAAGAUGAUGCACGAAGUGAGUCUAGUACUGAAUGGGACUUAGAUGGGUUCAGUGAACUGGACUCUGAGUCAGGAAGUUCAAGUUCUUUUUCUGAUGAUGAAGUCUGGGUACAGGUAGCCCCUCAGCGAAAUGCACAGGAUCAGCAGGGUUCUUUGUAAAUAUUUUGAAAUACUAAGAUGUUUCUAUUGCUAUGAAUAUAUCUUAAAAAGAUGUCCUUUCCUUUUCUGGGGAAAAAAGAAAACUUUGAUUAGGAUUGCAGAUUUGGUUUAGAAAGGGUAAUGUUUGAAUUGCUAAUGUGAUGUUACAAAAUGUAAACAGUCCAUGAAAUCAGCUUUAUAAUAAUUUACUGUGCUGAAAGUCAAGAUUAAAAUAUGCAAAAAAAAAAAAAAAUGAACCAUGUAAUUGAUUAGAAUGCUUGCUGGUUUUUUUCCAUGUUCAAGAAUUUGUUGCACUAGUGAAUAGUUUUCAUUAAUUACACAGUUUAUAUUUUGAUUAUCUAAUUUAGUCUUCUGUUCAUUCUUAAAUUCUGUUUAGUGUUGUGGGGGAAAAGUUAGCUUUUUCAUUUUUUUGUAGAAAAUUGGACUAGAAAUUGUUGGCAGGGUUUCAAAGAUUUAUAUCUUCCUUCUGAAUAAUGAAAGUAGUAGAUUUCCCAAAUUCUCACAUAGUCAGUUUUUAGUAUUCUAAGUUUAGUAUAGUUUGUUAAAAUUUGGUUUGGUUUUCUUCUCUUUUGCAAAGACAAACAAUUGGACAUAUAAUUGAGGUUAUUAAAGAGUGAUUUCAUUCUGAUAAUGGACAGAAUGGUCUUAAGCACUCACAAAAAGUAAGAAAAAUCAGGAUUCCACUGACUUAAAAAAUUUUUCCUUUUUAUUUUUGGAAUAUAAAAUGUGUAUUUGCUAAAAUGUGACCAUUUUUCUGUCUUAAAAAGCAUCCAUUCUAGUAGUACCACUAUUUAGACCCUUCUAAACCAAAAACAAUAGAUAACUUGCUGUAUUUUUUCAUCUAUACCUGAUACAUGUUUCACUGAGUCAGAGGAACAGUUGUUUUUUUCACUGGACGUGGGAUUGGGUAAUGUAAAGUUUUAAUCCAUUGGUCAUGCCUUGUCUUAAAAAGUUUAUAUGCUUUCCUACAACAUUUUGGCUGUAUAGUUUUGGUGUUUGUCUUAGAGAUUUCUUUGGCAGGAAGUGAUUUUUGUGAGGUGAUAUGGCUUUGAAGAUAUGUAUAAGCUAAAAACAGUAUUUUAUUGAGAUCAGUAGUAGUUAUUGUGUCUAUCAACUCUAAAAUCAAGUGCCAGAAGAGAACUUUAAAAUUUUAAGCUGUGUAUAAAAUUGUUUUAUGUAGCAUUGAAAUUUUCUGUCAGUUUUGUAAGUCACUGUAAAUGAUUAUCAGCUUGAAGGUAUUUUUAUAUUAAAAGUUGACAAAUAACAUAAGUGGAUGAUGACAUUUGGGGCCAAAAGUAAGAGUAUGUUUCCUCUAAAAUACUUCCCUAAGCAGUGGUGUACCUGGUUAUUUUAUUUAUUUGUAUCUCUCCUAUAUUUCUCUGUGAACCAUGCUCUAGUCUGAUUUUUGUUUUUUUUGUUUUAUGUCACCAUAAUAAGGGAAGAUCUAGAAAUAGAGACUUAGGUUGCACAAAUUUGAUACUGUAAAAUACGAGAACAUAUAGGUGCUUACUUUUUGAGGGUCUGUUAAUACAUAUGGUUGUCACAAUACAUAUACAUGAUAAAUAGUGUAUAUGUACAAAUGCUUAUGGUCUAUAAAUUUUUUUAUACUCACUUAGUUUAUCUUCUUGAAUCAUUGUUCAAUAACAUACUAAUUCCUCUUCUAUAUUUGUUCUCUAGUGACCAAAUGCUGAUAUUUCUUUUCACCCAGGCAGAGUACUGAGGAGUGUAUCCUGGAGAACAGGAUUUUGAAACUAAGAAAAGGGAGGGAGAGAGAAAAUGGUUUAAAAAAGCCAAAUACACAAAUAAUGUUUUCUUAGCCACUUCAGUGGGCCACUGGGAGAAUCUGCAGGAGGUUCCUGUCUAACAUUGUUCAGUGAAAUAAGAUUCUUACUCUAGCGGCAUAUGUUCCUUCAAAACAGCAAACGGUGCUGUAGUUUUUGUUCCAUAGAGGGAUGUCAACAAGCACUGCUCUUAACAUGGAAAACUCUAUCUUAAUUAUAUUUUUUGGCCAACUUUUCUUCAUCAGUAACUUCUUGUUGACAGUUUUUUGUUCUGUAAGAUCGAAAUAGAAACAAGCUGUUCACAACCACAUUAUCCAUCUACAGAAUUAAGGUGUGCAACCAAUUGAUAAGAGACAUUCUCUCAUGUGUCAUUCUCGUCCUCUGAGUUAGGUAUAAGCUAAUUAGUAGUAAAAUAUUGGUUUACAAAGAACUUUUCUUAGAAAAGAUUUUGGUUUCAUAAUAUGUUUGUGAAUUAAGGAUAGAUGUUAACCUUUUUUUUUUUUUUUUAAUAGAUAAGUGAUUUGUACAUGGUUAGUUACAAAUAAAACUGGCACUAGAACCCCAGGCCUUCUGACCUCUUGAUUUAGUUUGUGCUAAAUAUACAAAAUCCUUACUUCUAUAGUGACACAACUAGCAGAGCAGUGUUGAAAUCCCUUCAUCACAGGAAAGCUCCUUUGUCUCGGUUUUCCAAUUAAUCGACACAGAUUUUAGCAAAUGCUUAAUAUAAUGUCAUUUGAUUACUCUUUGUAAAACUUAAGAAUGAUCUUACUUAUUUUUUGUAUCUAUCUGCCUGUAGUCUGAAAAGCUCAGAGAACCCAAAUUAUUUCAAAUAAUUUAAACAUUCAAAUGGUUAGCAUUGGUAUUUUCAAAAGGACAAGGAAAAAAGGGACUAAUUUAGUAAACAGUUUGGGUUUAGUAUUAAAUUUAAAUUAUAAUUUCCUUCUAUAUCCUCUAGUUGAGCAGUG